UUGGUUUAAGGACUCUGGACGCAGCCUGCAGCGCGCCCCACCUGCUUUCCCUUGCCCACCUGCACUGAGGCCGAGCAGCUCGCGCUGAUGUUGCUGUCGCGUCCAUUGAGUAGCGGCCUGUUGGCCGCACUAAAAACUCAUACUUAUACCGCGGUCAUUCACCUCGCGAUGCCCAAACGCACAGCGACCGGCUCUCCUUCCUCCAGCGCCUCCACAGCAGCUAUGGGCACCAGCCCCGCGAGGCUUUCAGCCCAGCCGCCCCAAAAGCGGCGAAAGAUUACGGUGUCCGCAGUGCCACAGACUGCCACAGCAGCCCCAAAGACCUCCCAACCAGCGCUGCCAGCAGCUGGCAGCAAGCCCGCGGCGGGCGCAGCCGCCAAGGCGGCCGCGCCAAAGCCCGCCGCGUCCAAAGUGGAUGAGAACGGCAUGUGGAUGAUUGUGGGGCUGGGCAACCCGGGCUCCAACUACGAUGACACGCGCCACAACAUUGGAUUCAAGGUGAUUGAUGAGCUAGCCGCGGCCGCCGGUAUUGACUGCCGCAAGCUGGAGAAGUCGGCGGCAGUGGGCAAGGGCGAGCUGCAGGGCAAGCAGGUGCUGCUGGUGAAGCCGGUAACGUUCAUGAACAACAGCGGCGAGUCAGUGGCGGCGCUGGCUAAGUUCUACCGGGUGCCGCCGGGCCGGGUGCUGGUGGUGGCAGACGACCUGGACCAGCCCACCGCGCAGGUGCGGCUGCGGCAGCGCGGCGGCCACGGCGGCCAUAACGGGCUGCGGUCCAUCAUCGACCGCAUGGGCGGCACACAGGACUUCCCACGGAUCAAGAUUGGCAUUGGGCGGCCGUCGGGGCCUAUCCCCAUUGCCUCGUACGUGCUCCAGCCCUUCAACAAGGCGGAGAGGCCCGAAAUCGACACGGCUGUGCAGGAGAGCAUCGUCAUGAUCAAAAGCGUGCUGGCUCUUGGGCUCGAAAAGGCGGCCUCGGGACAGCGUAUCUAGGCUUGAUUGCUGGCUUGGAGAAGAGCUUGAGUGGAGCGGGACGUGUGAAUACGGUAGUGCGCAGGAGAGGCGCCUUGGCGCAGAAGGAAGAGCCGCCUUGAGGGACAAUGACUUGAGUGAGCGUGUGGUGAGCGUAAGGUGAUCGUGUUUGUACUUGUGUCGUGUGUAGCAACAUUGCGCACUCGUACCAGCUCGGACGCGCGUAUUUAAGAACAGUUGUUCCCCGGUCACGGGAAAAGGGGCUGAGCCCCUCCACAGUCCGAGGCCGAACAACCUCAUCGCCCGGACAUAGCGGGGGUCGGUUUCCACAGGCACAUAUUUAAAAGCAAUUUAAGACAA